AGCCUGAUAAAGAGAAGAUCCUGUUUGGCGGCCAUUCCACUUUGUCCAGCUGUGGCCCUCUCAGGAAGAGCAUAGGAAGAAGGGAGGGACUUGCAUUGCUACAUAUAAAACAUCCAAGCUUGAAGAUCUGAAGCUAGAAAGUGGCAGCAGCAGACCUGCCAAUUUUCAGCCAACAGGGAUGGGGAGGGGGAAAGGACUCAUCUCCAUGAUUUGGGCAUUUCUGGUUCUCCUGUGCAACAUCGUGAACAGCUUAGAUCAGAGCCAUUUGGAACAAUCAGACGAUUUAUUUGAGAUCCAUUCAGAAGGGCAGAGAAAUCUAGAUGGACAUCACUCAGCUCUGGACAAGGGUUCUUGUUCCACCUGGAGCACUGGCCAUUUCUCAACCUUUGACAACUACCUGUAUGAUUUCUCGGGGACUUGUAAUUAUAUCUUUGCUACGGUCUGUGAUGAAACCUCUCCGGACUUCAACAUACAGUUCCGUCGUGGUCUGAACAAAAGAAUUGAAAGAAUCAUCAUUCAAACAGGUCCCAAUACUAUUAUCGUCGACAAAAGUGGCAUAUCAAUCAAGGAUUAUGGUAAAAUCCAAUUGCCAUUUACUGGAAAUGGAAUUCAGAUUGCACCGUUUGGGCACAAUAUCCGUUUAAUAUCCAAGCGGAAGGAAAUGGAACUUGCUGUUUUCUGGAACAAUGAUGACUAUCUCAUGGUUUUAAUUGAACAGAAAUAUAUGGCAAAGACUUGUGGACUGUGUGGAAAUUUUGAUGGGCAAGAGUUGAAUGAGUUUGUGAGUGAAGGUACUCUUCUGGAGCCAUAUAAAUAUGCAAGUUUAUAUAAAAUUGAUGAUCCUGCAGAGAUCUGUCCUUUUGAAGGGAUGAUGACUCCUAAUAUUCCUCAAAAGAAAUACGCCACACUUUGCUUCCAACUGUUACGCCUUGUGUCACCGUCUUGCAACAUUUCAAAAAAAGGGUUUGUUAUCCGUUGCCAGCUGGAUAUGCAAGUCUGUAGCAAUCCAGGACACAGCAACUGUACUUGUGCUACUCUUUCAGAAUACUCACGGCAGUGUUCCAUGUCUCAGCAAGGGGUGACCAAGUGGAGGACCAAUGAUUUCUGCUCUCUGGGAAGAUGUCCAAGUAAUCAACAGUAUAAAGAAUGUGGUUCUCCAUGUCUCAAGACUUGUUCCAAUCCUGAAUACAUUUGUUCCAGCUACUGUACAUAUGGCUGCUUCUGUCCAGAAGGCACUGUUUUGAAUGACAUUUCCCAAAAACAAACAUGCAUUCCUAUUGAAGAGUGUCCAUGCACAUGGAAGGGGAAGAUAUUUGCUCCUGGUGAUGUCAUUAAAGCAACUUGUAGAACCUGUAAAUGCACAAUGGGCCAAUGGACCUGUAUAGAACAACCAUGCCCUGGCACAUGUUCUUUGGAAGGAGGCUCCUUUGUCACCACUUUUGAUUCCAAACCGUACAGGUUCCAUGGUGUCUGCACCUAUAUCCUUUUGAAGAGUUCCAUGUUACCACACAAUGGAACUUUAAUGGCUGUAUACGAAAAGUCUGGUACGACCCCUACAGAGACAUCCUUGGCAGCUAUCAUUUAUAUCUCAGAAAAAGAGAAAAUUAAGAUUUCCAAGAAUGAAGUAUUCGGUGAUGAGAAUGAACUUAAAUGGUUACCUUAUACAUCAGGGGACAUCACCAUCUUCAGACAAUCAUCAACUCACAUCCAGAUGCACACUUCUUAUGGGCUGGAGAUAUUAAUUCACACUGAUACAGUACUUCAAAUUUACAUUAAAGUUGGACGCCAUUUCAGAGGCACAACCCGAGGAUUAUGUGGUAACUACAACGGAGAAACCACAGAUGAUUUUAUGACCAGCAUGGAUAUUACUGAAGGAACUGCCCCUCUUUUUGUGGAUUCUUGGAGAUCCGGGAACUGUCCCCCUGCUUCUGAGCGGGAUACAGAUCCUUGUUCUAUGAGUCAGCUGAACAAAAUAUCUGCAGAGACCCACUGUUCUGUUUUAAAAAUGAAUGCACUAUUUCAGAAAUGUCAUUCUGUGGUGAAUCCUGAUCCAUUUGUCAAGAGAUGUCAAUAUCAAGCUUGCAAUUAUGAGGAGACCUUUCCAUAUAUUUGUUCUGCUCUGGGGUCCUAUGCCCGUGAAUGUGCUUUAAAGGGAAUAUUUCUUUGGAACUGGCGCAAUAUAAUCGACAACUGCACUGUAUCUUGUAUUGGAAAUCAGACAUUCAGCUACAAUGCAGAAGCCUGUGACCGGACAUGCCUGUCCCUCUCCAGCAGAGAAAUUGAAUGUCAUCCCACUGACGUGCCUAUUGAUGGCUGCAAUUGUCCAAAAGGAACUUACCUGAACCACAAAAAUGAGUGUGUCCAGAAAUCUCAGUGUCCCUGCUACCUGAAAGGCAGACAGAUCAUUCUGGCAGAACAAUUCACGAUAAUUAAUGGAGUUACGUGCUACUGCAGUAAAGGAAAUCUGACUUGUAUGGGCCAACCAACAAACCUUUUAGAAAUCUGCAGCCCUCCAAAAAAGUUCAUUUCAUGUUCAGCCCCCUCAGGAAGCAAAUAUGGGGCUGCUUGUGCACCAACCUGUCAAAUGCUGGCCACUGGAACUGGCUGUAUUCCUACCAAAUGUGAAUCUGGAUGUGUCUGUGCACCUGGACUAUAUGAAAAUCUAGAUGGUACAUGUGUGCCACCUGAGGAGUGUCCUUGCGAAUAUAGUGGCAUUUCAUAUGAAAAAGGAGCUGAAAUUAACACUGGGUGUAAUACAUGUAUCUGCACAAGAGGAAAAUGGAAGUGCAUUCAGAAUUCCAAGUGCUCUUCUACAUGUAGUCUCUAUGGGGAAGGUCAUAUCACCUCCUUUGAUGGACAGAACUUCGCAUUUGAUGGCAACUGUGAAUACAUAUUAGCUAUGGAUGGCUGUGACAUGGCUAAAUCCUCCCAUACUUUUAAAAUAGUGACUGAAAAUGUUGUUUGUGGAAAUACUGGGGUCACAUGUUCCAGAGCAAUCAAGCUCUAUCUUGGGAAUCUGACGAUCGUCAUGGGAGAUAAAACAUUUACUGUUUAUGGUAGCAAUCCUCUGAUACAUUUCUUCAUAGAACAGAAUACACUCCAUUUGGUUAUUCAGAUCACAAUCCCUGGCAAAUACAAUAUGACCCUGAUCUGGAACAGGCACAUGAAUCUAUUCAUCAAGCUUUUCAGAGAAACAAAGGAUCACCUUUGUGGCUUAUGUGGUAAUUACAACGGCAACGUAAAAGAUGAUUUUGAAACACGGAGUAAAUAUCUAGCAUCCAACGAAUUUGUAUUUGUAAAUUCCUGGAAAGAAAAUCCUGUCUGUGGAGAUGUGUCCUUUGCAGCUGAUCCCUGUGCCAAAAACCCCUAUCGCAAAGCAUGGGCAGAGAAACAAUGCUCUAUUAUCAACAGUCCAGUAUUUGCCCCCUGUCACAAUAAGGUAUACCGGAUGUCUUACUAUGAAUCUUGUGUCCGAGACACAUGUGGAUGUGACAGUGGAGGAGAUUGUGAAUGUCUGUGUGAUAUCAUUGCAGUCUAUGCAAAAGCUUGCUUAGAUGCUGGGGUCUGCAUUGACUGGAGAACUCCUGAUUUCUGCCCUGUAUACUGUGACUACUUCAACACCCACAAAAAGAUCGGCAUGGAUUAUAGUUAUGUCAAUGAAAUAAAUUGCACUUGGCAUUAUCGUCCCUGUAAAUGUCCAAAUAUGUUACCAGUAACAGAAGUCAAUGUUGAAGGCUGUUACAACUGUUCACAUGAUGAGUACUAUGAUUCAAAACGGAAAGCCUGCGUACCCUGUGAACAGCCACCUACCACCACUCCAACAGCUAUAAUAGCCACCACAACCCCAUUGCACACUAUAAGUACACUGGAAACUACAGCAAGUUCAUCUCCUUCUACAAUAUCAAGCACUUUGAAGAUCACUUCCACUACCACAAUUCCCCAAACCAGCACCAUAGUGUCUACACAUUUUACUGCUUCCACAACAAGGAGAAGUAGCACACCAAAAACAACAGUAACAACUUCACUGUCAGUAACAACACGAACUACUGAAUCGACUGAAUCAGCAAAAACCAUCUCAUAUAAACCAAUAAUAACACCACUGACAAUUCACCCAGUAAGGCCAACUGUUCCAACAGAACCAUCAAUUCACAAUCAAACAACAACCACCAGUACAUUAACAUCACAAUUUACAAGUUCCACGCAUGAAAUGUCAUCAUCCAGUAUGCCCUCUUCUACUUCGAGGACGACUAAAUCAACUCAGACCACAACCACUACCAUGCCGCACACCACAACACAAACUUCUCCUGUCACCGUGCCCACCCCGACUUCCACCAAAUCCACACCAAGUAGCACAACCAUCCCAACCUCCACACAAAGCUCCACCACCCCCAUCACAAUGACUACCUCUAGAACCAGCCCACCUCUCCCCACAACGUCAACUGUCACUCCCACAACUUCCACUUCCACCAAAAGCCCUGCCACCACGCCUGCAAUUACCACUCCCACCACCUCAAUACCCAGCAGUACUCGAGUCUUCACCAGCCCCACAACCUCCCUAACCACUAGUACAGAGCCUCAUUCGACCUCAGUGAUGACACCAAUAAAGAGCACCAGUGCUUCCACACAUGAAAUAUCAUCAUCCAGUAUGACCUCUUCUACUUCGAGUACGACUAAAUCAACACAGACUGCAACCACUACCAUGCCACAAACCACAACACAAACUUCUACUAUUACCGUGCCCACAACUUCCACCAAAUCCACACCAACUAGCAUAACCACCCCAACAACCACAAUCUCCACCCAAAGCUCCACUGCCCCCAUUACAUUGACCACCUCUAGAACCAGCACACCUCUCUCUACAACAUCAACCGUCACUCCCACUAGGUCCACUUCCACCAGAAGCCCCACCACCACACCUACAACUAUCACUCCCACCACCUCAAUACCCAGCAGUACUCAUGUCUCAACCACCCCCACAACCUCCCUAACCACUACUACACAGCCUCCUUCGACCUCAACCAUGACACCAACAAAGAGCACCAGUGUUUCCACACAUGAAAUGACAUCAUCCAGUAUGCCCUCUUCUACUUCGACGAUGACUGAAUCAACUAAGACCGCAACCACUACCAUACCACAUACCACAACACAAACGUCUACUGUUACAAUGCCCACCCCGACUUCCACCAAAUCCACACCAAUUAGCACAACUACCCCAACAACCACAAUCUCCACCCAAAGCUCCACUACUGCCAUUACAUUGACCACUUCUAGAACCAGCCCACCUCGUUCUACAACAUCAACCGUCACUCCCACUACGUCAACUUCCACCAGAAGCCCCACCACCACGCCUACAACUAUCACUCCCACCACCUCAAUACCCAGCAGUACUCAUGUCUCAACCACCCCCAAAACCUCCCUAACCACUACUACAGAACCUCCUUCAACCUCAAUGACAACACCAACAAAAAGCACCAGUGUUUCCACACAUGAAAUGACAUCAUCCAGUAUGCCCUCUUCUACUUCGACGAUGACUGAAUCAACUAAGACCGCAACCACUACCAUACCACAUACCACAACACAAACGUCUACUGUUACAAUGCCCACCCCGACUUCCACCAAAUCCACACCAAUUAGCACAACUACCCCAACAACCACAAUCUCCACCCAAAGCUCCACUACUGCCAUUACAUUGACCACUUCUAGAACCAGCCCACCUCGUUCUACAACAUCAACCGUCACUCCCACUACGUCAACUUCCACCAGAAGCCCCACCACCACGCCUACAACUAUCACUCCCACCACCUCAAUACCCAGCAGUACUCAUGUCUCAACCACCCCCAAAACCUCCCUAACCACUACUACAGAACCUCCUUCAACCUCAAUGACAACACCAACAAAAAGCACCAGUGCUUCCACACAUGAAAUGACAUCAUCCAGUAUGCCCUCUUCUACUUCGAGGACAACUGAAUCAACUAAGACCGCAACCACUACCAUGCCACACACCACAACACAAACGUCUACUGUUACAAUGCCCACCCCGACUUCCACCAAAUCCACACCAAUUAGCACAACCACCCCAACAACCACAAUCUCCACCCAAAGCUCCACUACUCCCAUUACAUUGACCACUUCUAGAACCAGCCCACCUCGCUCUACAACAUCAACCGUCACUCUCACUACGUCAACUUCCACCAGAAGCCCCACCACCACACCUACAACUAUCACUCCCACCACCUCAAUACCCAGCAGUACUCUUGUCUCAACCACCCCCAAAACCUCCCUAACCACUACUACAGAACCUUCUUCAACCUCAAUGACAACACCAACAAAAAGCACCAGUGCUUCCACACAUGAAAUGACAUCAUCCAGUAUGCCCUCUUCUACUUCGAGGACAACUGAAUCAACUAAGACCGCAACCACUACCAUGCCACACACCACAACACAAACGUCUACUGUUACAAUGCCCACCCCGACUUCCACCAAAUCCACACCAAUUACCACAACCACCCCAACAACCACAAUCUCCACCCAAAGCUCCACUACUCCCAUUACAUUGACCACUUCUAGAACCAGCCCACCUCGCUCUACAACAUCAACCGUCACUCCCACUACGUCAACUUUCACCAGAAGCCCCACCACCACGCCUACAACUAUCACUCCCACCACCUCAAUACCCAGCAGUACUCUUGUCUCAACCACCCCCAAAACCUCCCUAACCACUACUACAGAACCUCCUUCAACCUCAAUCACAACACCAACAAAAAGCACCAGUGCUUCCACACAUGAAAUGACAUCAUCCAGUAUGCCCUCUUCUACUUUGAGGACGACUGAAUCAACUAAGACCGCAACCACUUCCAUACCCCACACCACAACACAAACGUCUACUGUUACCGUUCCCACCCCAACUUCCACCAAAUCCACACUAACCAGCACAACCACCCCAACAACCACAAUCUCCACCCAAAGCUCCACUACCCCCAUUACAUUGACCACUUCUAGAACCAGCCCACCUCUCUCUACAACAUCAACCGUCACUCCAACUACGUCCACUUCCACCAGAAGCCCCACCACCACACCUACAACUAUCACUCCCACCACCUCAAUACCCAGCAGUACUCAUGUCUCAACCACCCCCACAACCUCCCUAACCACUACUACACAGCCUCCUUCGACCUCAACCAUGACACCAACAAAGAGCACCAGUGCUUCCACGCAUGAAAUGUCAUCAUCUAGUAUGCCCUCUUCUACUUCGAGGAUGACGGAAUCAACUCAGACUGCAACCACUACCCUGCCACACACCACAACACAAACGUCUACUGUUACCGUUCCCACCCCAACUUCCACCAAAUCCACACUAACCAGCACAACCACCCCAACAACCACAAUUUCCACCCAAAGCUCCACUACCCCCAUUACAUUGACCACUUCUAGAACCAGCCCACCUCUCUCUACAACAUCAACCGUCACUCCAACUACGUCCACUUCCACCAGAAGCCCCACCACCACACCUACAACUAUCACUCCCACCACCUCAAUACCCAGCAGUACUCAUGUCUCAACCACCCCCACAACCUCCCUAACCACUACUACACAGCCUCCUUCGACCUCAACCAUGACACCAACAAAGAGCACCAGUGCUUCCACGCAUGAAAUGUCAUCAUCUAGUAUGCCUUCUUCUACUUCGAGGACGACUGAAUCAACUCAGACUGCAACCACUACCCUGCCACACACCACAACACAAACGUCUACUGUUACCGUUCCCACCCCAACUUCCACCAAAUCCACACUAACCAGCACAACCACCCCAACAACCACAAUUUCCACCCAAAGCUCCACUACCCCCAUUACAUUGACCACUUCUAGAACCAGCCCACCUCUCUCUACAACAUCAACCGUCACUCCAACUACGUCCACUUCCACCAGAAGCCCCACCACCACACCUACAACUAUCACUCCCACCACCUCAAUACCCAGCAGUACUCAUGUCUCAACCACCCCCACAACCUCCCUAACCACUACUACACAGCCUCCUUCGACCUCAACCAUGACACCAACAAAGAGCACCAGUGCUUCCACGCAUGAAAUGUCAUCAUCUAGUAUGCCCUCUUCUACUUCGAGGAUGACUGAAUCAACUCAGACUGCAACCACUACCCUGCCACACACCACAACACAAACGUCUACUGUUACCGUUCCCACCCCAACUUCCACCAAAUCCACACUAACCAGCACAACCACCCCAACAACCACAAUCUCCACCCAAAGCUCCACUACCCCCAUUACAUUGACCACUUCUAGAACCAGCCCACCUCUCUCUACAACAUCAACCGUCACUCCAACUACGUCCACUUCCACCAGAAGCCCCACCACCACACCUACAACUAUCACUCCCACCACCUCAAUACCCAGCAGUACUCAUGUCUCAACCACCCCCACAACCUCCCUAACCACUACUACACAGCCUCCUUCGACUUCAACCAUGACACCAACAAAGAGCACCAGUGCUUCCACGCAUGAAAUGUCAUCAUCUAGUAUGCCCUCUUCUACUUCGAGGAUGACUGAAUCAACUCAGACUGCAAACACUACCCUGCCACACACCACAACACAAACGUCUACUGUUACUGUUCCCACCCCCACUUCCACCAAAUCCACACUAACCAGCACAACCACCCCAACAACCACAAUCUCCACCCAAAGCUCCACUACCCCCAUUACAUUGACCACUUCUAGAACCAGCCCACCUCUCUCUACAACAUCAACCGUCACUCCAACUACGUCCACUUCCACCAGAAGCCCCACCACCACACCUACAACUAUCACUCCCACCACCUCAAUACCCAGCAGUACUCAUGUCUCAACCACCCCCCUAACCACUACUACACAGCCUCCUUCGACCUCAACCAUGACACCAACAAAGAGCACCAGUGCUUCCACGCAUGAAAUGUCAUCAUCUAGUAUGCCCUCUUCUACUUCGAGGAUGACUGAAUCAACUCAGACUGCAAACACUACCCUGCCACACACCACAACACAAACGUCUACUGUUACCGUUCCCACCCCAACUUCCACCAAAUCCACACUAACCAGCACAACCACCCCAACAACCACAAUCUCCACCCAAAGCUCCACUACCCCCAUUACAUUGACCACUUCUAGAACCAGCCCACCUCUCUCUACAACAUCAACCGUCACUCCAACUACGUCCACUUCCACCAGAAGCCCCACCACCACACCUACAACUAUCACUCCCACCACCUCAAUACCCAGCAGUACUCAUGUCUCAACCACCCCCACAACCUCCCUAACCACUACUACACAGCCUCCUUCGACCUCAACCAUGACACCAACAAAGAGCACCAGUGCUUCCACGCAUGAAAUGUCAUCAUCUAGUAUGCCCUCUUCUACUUCGAGGACAACUGAAUCAACUCAGACUGCAACCACUACCCUGCCACACACCACAACACAAACGUCUACUGUUACCGUUCCCACCCCAACUUCCACCAAAUCCACACUAACCAGCACAACCACCCCAGCAACCACAAUCUCCACCCAAAGCUCCACUACCCCCAUUACAUUGACCACUUCUAGAACCAGCCCAGCUCUCUCUACAACAUCAACCGUCACUCCAACUACGUCCACUUCCACCAGAAACCCCACCACCACACCUACAACUAUCACUCCCACCACCUCAAUACCCAGCAGUACUCAUGUCUCAACCACCCCCACAACCUCCCUAACCACUACUACACAGCCUCCUUCGACUUCAACCAUGACACCAACAAAGAGCACCAGUGCUUCCACGCAUGAAAUGUCAUCAUCUAGUAUGCCCUCUUCUACUUCGAGGACCACUGAAUCAACUCAGACUGCAACCACUACCUUGCCACACACCACAACCCAAACAUCUACUGUUACCGUUCCCACCCCGACUUCCACCAAAUCCACACUAACCAGCACAACCACCCCAACAACCACAAUCUCCACCCAAAGCUCCACUACCCCCAUUACAUUGACCACUUCUAGAACCAGCCCACCUCUCUCUACAACAUCAACCGUCACUCCAACUACGUCCACUUCCACCAGAAGCCCCACCACCCCACCUACAACUAUCACUCCCACCACCUCAAUACCCAGCAGUACUCAUGUCUCAACCACCCCCACAACCUCCCUAACCACUACUACACAGCCUCCUUCGACCUCAACCAUAACACCAACAAAGAGCACCAGUGCUUCCACACAUGAAAUGACAUCAUCCAGUAUGCCCUCUUCUACUUCAACGACGACUGAAUCAACUAAGACCGCAACCACUACCAUGCCACACACCACAACACAAACGUCUACUGUUACAGUGCCCACCCCGACUUCCACCAAAUCCACACCAACUAGAACAACCACCCCAACAACCACAAUCUCCACCCAAAGCUCCACUACUCCCAUUACAUUGACCACCUCUAGAACCACCCCACCUCUCUCUACAUCACCUCUCACAACCACUACGUCCACUUCCACCAGAAGCCCCACUACCACGCCUACAACUAUCACUCCCACCACCCCAAUACUCAGCAGUACUCUUGUCUCCACCAUCCCCACAACCUCUCUAACCACUACUACAGAGCCUCCUUCGACCUCAACCACAACACCAACAAAGAGCACCAGUGAGUCAACGUCAAUUAGCACAUCCUCUCUUACCACUACGAGACCAGUUAAUAUCUCCAGUUCAACGUCUCCUAGCACUACUUGGAAAAUAAGUCUAAGCACAUCCUUCAUCUCCACUGUGCCAACAAGUGCAACUUCUACUUUCUUCAGCACUCCAGUAACCACACCCACCAAGACCACUUUGACUACUAAGCCACCUACUGUCACUCUCACUUCUACUACUUUUUCUUCUACAAGUGCUCCUUACACUACUUCAAGAAGUAUUAGCGGCAGAUGUAGUCCUGUUGAAUAUGAAGAGCAAGUGAUUUAUGGGAGUUGUGUUGCAAAUAUUACUUUAACCCGCUGUGAAGGCACGUGUCCAUCAUCAACAAGGCAGAGGAAUGCAAGGAUAGAAAAACAAUGUGAGUGCUGCGUUCCAAAAACUUUCUACAAGAAAGAAAUAGAGUUGCCAUGCCCCAAUCCAAAUAACCCAAGUGAACCACUUUUUACACAUAUCCUUAUAUUUGGAGAAUGUGUAUGCAAAUUUGAAGGAUGUGUAACUAGCCAAAUUCACCAGGAUCAAACAUGAAGUAAUAUUUAAACCAUCAGUUGCUAUUUACAUUAUACCUAAAGUCUGGAAUUAGAGUCCCUUUGUUUAUAUCGAUUUGUCCAAACACUGAGAAGGCAGCUACUCUUUUAAGAGCAGUGCUGAUAACAAAUUAUGUUAAUUUAUUAUUUGGGAGAUAGCAAAAUGAAAUGAAUUUUUGCCUUAUAUAUAAGGCUUUCAUCAAAUUAAUGUCUACCUACUUAUGUAAAGUAAUUUGACUGUUUUAAUAAAGAUAUUAGCUGGC